CACUUCUCCUAUUUAUAAAUCCAUGCUCAAGAACUUGCAUACUCAGAAACCCAAAGCUGAAUAGUAAAUCAAAUCAGAAAGACAAAGAAAAAGGAAGAAAGUAUGGUAAGAAGAAACGCAGUUCAUGCCACUUCAAGUCUUCCGUCUAGGCUUUGGUGGCCGCAGCAACGGAGGAAAGGAAAAAGGGCCGUCGUGAGAUUAGGAAACCGGCGACGAGGAUUCUUUGUGGGACAACCGCGGACGGUGGUGCAGAGAUGGAGGAUGAACAUCGGAAAACCAAUGAAAAUAAUGAGAAAUAUCAUUUUGGGAAUGAUCUCAAAUGGUGGAAAUGUUAAGUUCUUUGAUGCUUAUCUUUGGUCUUUACCGAUUUUACGUCCUCAGUUGUUUCCACUAUGCUGAUCAUUUGCUACACAGAGUUCUAACUGUAAAACUGUAAUAUUUUUCUUGUUUUAUCUUUCACCCCACUUUUGUAUUAAUCUAAAUAAUUGUCUUUAU